ACAGACAAACUAGAACAACAGAUGAGACAAAACAAGGCAGCCAAACGAAAGAAAAAAAUGAAAGUGAAGUACGAAAAUACAAAAGAGAGAGGAUUAGUAAAAAUGCAUGCAGAGGAGAGGAAGCAAUUAGUAAAUGGCUCUUGCAGGAAGACUUCAAACCAUUGCUAACACAAUGUAGACCUACAGAUUAAGCUCCUAAGUAUUGUUUCUCUUUUUUUAAAUGUAUAUUGCACCUAGCUGUUUGUGUUCUGAAUAUUGUUAGCAUCUGCUUUUGACUUCCCCUUGGAAUCAAAUUUCUUAAUUUUUAAUUAUGUCAGAUUGACAACAGUUAUGUUUAAUUGGUGAUGUGCACAACACAGCACACAGACAAUGCUUGGGAAAAUGACAGGAGAACUAAUAAGAAUUUCAGCAGUUUGGCAAGAGUGGGAAGUCAACAAUAGCCAAUUUCUUGUCAGAGGCUGCAGACACAAUGUCUAAUGACUACAGAGCAACUCGGGGUGUCAGGAUUCUUGAAUUUGAAUCACCAAAUGUAAAUGUAAAUGGCAAAUUUGUAACCUCUGAUGUUGAGCUUUGGGACUGCAGUGGGAAUUUAAAGUUUCAGCAGCAUUGGCCUGCCCUACAAUAUGAAACUAAUGGUGUGGUGCUUGUGUAUAAGCCAACUGUGAAUGAACAUGGCCAGCUGUUAGAAAUGUUUUACAAUUACUUUGUGAUACAGAGUGGUCUUUCAGCAAGGAGUUGCAUGGUCCUCGCAAAUGUUGGCUCUGAUGCUGAGCGUGAUUCCAGACAACACAUUAAACUCCCAGCAGAUACAUUUAGCAAAGUACUGCAAAUAAUAGCUGAUGUUGAUGGAAGUGGCAAUCGCUUAAGAACAGAUUUUGGAAUUUUUUUGUCAAAUGUAUUUAGUGGAAUGAGAGAGAAACAUGAAGAGGAGGAACUAAAUGUAAUGAAUGUGCAAGCAGUGUGACAAUACAGAAGUACUAACAAAAUAUGUAUUUUUAAGCCUACAUGUUAUAAACAUGAAAUCACGUAUUAACAAAUAAAUCUUAAAGAGAAUUUAAAAUGUUUCUGUUACUUCCCAUCCAUGAAAGAUUU